AUGAGCGACCAGAAUCAAUUGGGGGACUCACGGUCGGGUCCUCCACACAUCAAGACACCCAACGAACCAAACGCUACGGAACGCCCGGGCCGAUCCCGUGGCAAAAUAAGUCAGUUUCUGGGGAAGGUCACGAAUGGUGCGAUAAAAAAGGUUUCACGCUCGAACUUGAAGGAUUCACGCAGCCGCGACCCUGUUCUCCCGAACGUCGAUCGUGAAGAGACGCAGAUAGGCACCUUCAAAAUGAGCACGCAGUAUAAGGAGCUUGUGUCAUCAACGAUCACGCAUGUAGACUUGCACAUCGAGCACAUCGAAGAAGUGGUCAAGAAAUACCUACAAUAUGCCAUGCUAUCACACAGGUGGGAAGGGAGGGAGCCGCUGCUGCAGGAUAUCCAGGGCAAGUGUGUGUACGACUCGGAGUUGGAUCCAGUUGGCGGCAUGACGAAGCUGCGGUCGUUCUGCAAAACUGCUCGUGAUGCGGGGUAUAACUGGGCAUGGAGCGAUACAUGCUGCAUCGACAAGAGCAGUAAUGUCGAAGUCCAAGAAUCGGUUAACUCCAUGUUCGUAUGGUAUCAUCAUUCCGCGCUCACGAUCGUCUACCUGUCUGAUGUUCCGCCUUCGUCAAAGUCUGGCGGACUGGCAAAGAGCGCUUGGAACACGCGCGGAUGGACGUUUCAGGAGUUCGUCGCUCCCAAAGUUAUUCUCUUUUAUCAGAACAAUUGGACUCUUUAUCGUAAUGAUCAUACUCCCAACCACAAGGAUUCCAUCGCAAUCAUGCAGGAGAUAAAGGACGCGACGGGUAUAGACCGACCAGCCGUUGUGGCCUUCCGUCCCAGUAUGCAUAACGCGCGAGAAAAACUUCAUUGGGCGUCAACCCGCGUUACCACUCGUCAGGAAGACAUCGCAUACUCGUUGUUUGGCGUCCUUGACGUCCGCCUGCGUGUAGAUUAUGGUGAGAAGCAGGACAAGGCUCUCGGGCGGCUCCUGCAGGAGAUCGUGGCUCGGUCGGGCGAUAUCAGUAGCCUUGAUUGGGUCGGAACACCAUCAGAGUUCAACAGCUGUCUACCAGCCUCCAUCACUUCAUACGAAGCUCCACCAUGCCAGCUACCACCCCUACCCGAGGAAGAAAUUCAGCCAUCGGUUUCUUCGCUGCGAAAGACGGCGGCUGCUGAUUUCGCUUCGGACCUUUAUACCCUGCUUCGGAACACGAGCGCCCCUCGCUUCGCAGCACAGAGACUGCAUCUACCUUGUCUUGCAUUCAAUGUCACGGAAGUCAGACGCCGGAUGGGUAGUCUAACCCCGGAAAGUCAUCUCACGUAUGAAGUGAAGACAGACGGACUUCACGAUUUACUUAUCACCACCGCAGAGACCCUGGUUCAGUUCUGGCCGGCAAGGCCCACUGAGCGAAAAUUUGUCGUUAUCCGUCCCUGGGAUCGGUCUCUCCUGGAGCUACCUGGAUUUUCAACACCAUCUAACUAUAAAAACAAUGCGGAGAGUGAGGAGGAUUAUGGAACGCCACCUUCUCCAUCAGACGACUGGUCUGGUGGUUCUCCUGUAAAACAGGGGAUGCCUGACCUAAUACAAUCACGAGCAUUGCGGUUGCUUGUUCGCCUUGGACAGCCUUUUGGCGCAUUUUUGCUGGCGCAGCAGCGCAGUGGAGAAUACAAGAGGAUCGCGACGGAUUAUGAUAUCAUUGGACAAAUCCAGGACGUGGUUUCUGUUGGAGACUUGAUGGACAUCAGGACCAUAGAAAUAUUGUAG